AUGAGUUUGAGUAAGAAAAGGAGUCGGAGUCCAUCAGGAGAGAAAUUAGAUGUAGCAAAAAGCUUUGCAGAAGACAAACCCAACAAGGAUUGGAGCAAGGAAAGGAGUCAGGAGAUAGAAAAGAGAGAAGAAGAAAAUGAUUACAAAAGCUGUGGAAAUGAACAGAAAAUUCAGAAUAGGAGCAUUAAAAGAAGAAGGAGUGAAGAGAAACACAAAGAAAAGAAGACAAGCGAGGAUGUGAGAAAUAAGAGGGGAAGACUUGAAGGGCAGUUAGAAACAGAAAAGAAAAGCCAAACAGAGAAGACCACUAAAGAUGGGAGCAUUAAUAGGAGAAGAUCUGAAGAACAACAGAAAGAAAAACAAAUCCAAGCAGAGAAGAAUACCAGUGAGGAUGGGAGCAUUAAAAGAAGAAGAUCUGAAGAUGAACAGAAGGUAAGGGAAAUCCAAGCAGAGAAGAAGACCAGUGAGGAUGGGAGCAUUACAAGAAAAUCUGAAGAAGAACAGAAAGAAAAGCAAAGUCAAGAAAGCAGUAAAGAAAGAAAUACGGAGCAAAAGGAAGAGAAGAAUAAAAGACCAAGGAGCCCAGAAGACCCCUUAGAAGGUGGAAGUAUACAGAAGAGAUCCCGUCUGGACAUCAAAAGACCUGAUCCCCUGGAUAUCAACAACUAUAAGUUCCACUCAGAGCUGGGACAAGGAGGCUUUGGCCAGGCGAGUGAAGUGAUGUUGGCUACUUUUAGACCAAAUAAACAGCUGGUAGCAAUAAAGGUCUUGAAGAAGAAGUCUGCAAAGACCAACACCUAUACCAUCACUAAAGAGGCCUAUUUUUUGAAGAUCAGCAGAGGAUGUGCAUUUUUAAGCCAUUCUUAUGCAGUUUUGCAAACAGAGCUGGAAGCCUUCUUUGUCCUGGAGUAUUGCAGUGGAAAAUCCAUGUGGGAUAUGAUUGACUGCAAAGGAAAACUGCCAAUGUCAAGCAUCAUGGAUCUGAAGCCGGACAACAUACUGAUAGAUAAAGAUGGCCAUAUUAAGAUCUGCGACUUUGGCAUUGCUGAAGUUGGCCUAAUUGGCAAGAAGAAGACGAGCGGCUUAGCAGGAACCCCUGGAUACCGGGCACCAGAGAUUCUAUCGAGCGAAGACUAUAAUGCAGCAGCGGAUUGGUGGUCAUUUGGGGCUACAAUGUAUGAAAUGGCCACAGGAGAAUUGCCUUUUCCACAUUCAGGCAGCCUCUUUAGGCAACGAUUUAUGAUUAAAAUGAGAACACCUAAUUACCCAGAUUAUAUGAGCGAGGAAAUGCUGGACCUCCUGCCAAAGCUUUUGGAGAAUGAUGAGACUCAGCGGCUUGGACUGAAUGGGAACAUCAGGGAGCAUGCUUUCUACAGCACAAUCAACUGGGAAGAUCUGGAAAAUCGAAGAUUGACGCCUCCUUUCCAGCCAGGAAUGCCAUCAGCAGACGACCUUCAUGAAUACCAGCCAGCAUUCUCCCCUCAGUGUUCCAAUGAAGAAACCAAGUGGAAAAAUUUCUCCUAUGUGGACCCCAGCUGGAAUUGGCAGGAGUAA